AUGCAAGUGGAAGCAUGGAAACGAAUUCUUGAUGCGGUUCAUGCUAAAGCCAACACGAAUGACAUGGGGCCUUUGAGCCUUGAUUUCUUCAGAAAAAACAAUUUGUCAGCUUCAUGGAAAGUCAUUGGGGAAAAGACUUCAAUUACGGAUAAGAUAUAUUUUACAGCUGUAGAUUCUAGACAAGAGACACCUAAGGUUAAAGUGCAUGUAUCUUCAGGUGGUGAUCAUGCUCAACUUGUUGAUCCUGCAAAACUAGCCCGACGGAUUCCUAGGCCAUGGAAGUGGAUCUAA